AUGACGAAUCUCCUUGCGGACAAGUACGACUUCCUCGGCAGCAGGGUCAUGACCUGGUGCCGAGACAUGAAGGAGCAGCACUGCUACGUGGCGCCGCCGUCCCCGUACGGCGUGCGCAGCGUGCGCGACCGGCUGGCCUCAGGCGACGACCUGAAGGUCCAGCCCAUCGAGGUCCGGUCCCCGCCCCCCUGCUCCGGCGACGUGGAGCUGGGCGAGGAGCGCGUCCUCGUGCCCGAGGCGCUCUUCGGCCUGCGCGGCGGCGGCGGCCUGCCGCAGCUGGUCCUCGAGUGCGCCGCCCGCACGCUGCGCAGCAAGCUCUGCGAGGAGGAGGAUGUUCGGACUUUGCUGCAGCAGAUUGUCCUCGUCGGUGGCGCGGCCGACUUCCCCAACAUCCGCACGAGGGUCCAGCACGAGGUGCGGGCCCUGCUGCGCGAGGGCGCCGCGCCGGACCUGCUGGCCGCGCUGCGGUCGCCCGAGGAGGUGUUCGUUCUGAACCCGCCGCUGGGCAAAAAGGCACCCCUGGCCUCGCCGCGGUUCGUGCCCCUCAUUGGUGGUUGCGUGCGUGCUGCCAGCUCGCUGAGCUUCGACGACUGGCACAGCGGCGAAGGCGUGGCGCUGCAGAUCCAGCCGCGUGGCGUCUUGUGCAGGGGGUCCGACGAGCACAACUUGCCUGCGCUCAUCCGCCGCCGCCUGUUCUCGCAGCUGCGCAGCGGCCCCGCGGUGUUCCGCACUGGCGGGGGCGCCGGCGAGGACGACGCGUGGCAGCUCUUCGGCUCCGACGUCUCGGACAGCGACGAGGACCUGGAGGAAGACGAUGAUCCAGUUAGGCCUGAGGAUGUGGAGAUGGAGGACUGCGGCGAGUCCCAGGAAGACGAGGAAGAGGAUGCGGACGAGAUGGACGGCGGCGCCAGCGCUGACGCGCGAGGAGCGCACCGAUAG